CCCCGUCCAGUUUGAGGACCGGCAGGCGUGCGGGCUGCUGGGUGGGAAGCUUGUCGGUCCUGGGCCCCCGGAGGAGGUGAGACCCAGCAGCCCCUGCCGCACCAUCUGAGCGCCUCGCCUGGGUGCUGCCUAGUGCCCCCGGGAGAGACAGGUUCUCCCGCCUCUGCCCCCACCAUGGAUCACUCCUCGUUCAGUGGCGCACCCCGCUUCCUAACCCGGCCCAAGGCCUUCGUGGUAUCGGUGGGCAAAGAUGCCACGCUAAGCUGCCAGAUCGUGGGCAACCCCACGCCGCAAGUGAGCUGGGAGAAAGACCGGCAGCUGGUGGAGGCGGGUGGUCGCUUCCGCUUGGCCCAGGACGGCGACCUGUACCGCCUGACCAUCCUGGACCUGGCGCUGGGCGACAGUGGGCAGUACGUGUGCCGUGCGCGCAACGCCAUCGGCGAGGCCUUCGCGGCGGUCGGCCUGCAGGUGGACGCCGACGCCGCGUGCGCCGAGCAGGCGCCUCACUUCCUGCUGCGGCCCACCUCCAUCCGCGUGCGCGAGGGCGCGGAGGCCACCUUCCGCUGCCGCGUGCGCGGCUCGCCGCCCAUGUCGGUGAGCUGGGCCAAGGACGGGCGGCGCCUGGGUGUGCUGGACGCCCCCCGAGUGCGAGUGGAGGAGAGCGGCGAGGCGAGCGCUCUGCGCAUCCGCGCCGCACAGCCGAGAGACAGCGGCACCUAUACCGUGCACGCGGAGAACCCGCUGGGCGCCGCCAGCGCCGCCGCCGGGCUGACGGUGGACGCGGAGGCAGAGGCAGCCAGCCCGCCGGGGGCCUCCACCGCCAUGCUCCUGGCCCACCUGCAGCGGCGGCGCGAGGCCAUGCGCGCGGGGGGCGCCCCGGCCUCACCGCCGAGCGCCGGCACGCGCACCUGCACGGUGACGGAGGGCAAACACGCGCGCCUCAGCUGCUUCGUGACGGGCGAGCCCAAGCCUGAGAUCGUGUGGAAGAAGGAUGGACAGCUGGUGGUGGAGGGCCGGCGGCACGUGGUGUACGAGGACGAGCAGGAGAACUUCGUGCUGAAGAUCCUCUUCUGCAAGCAGUCAGACUGUGGCCUCUACACCUGCACGGCGUCCAACCUCGUGGGCCAGACCUACAGCUCGGUGCUCGUCGUCGUGAGAGAGCCCACGCUGCCCUUCAGAAAGCGCCUGCAGGACCUGGAGGUACCGGAGAAGGCAUCAGCCGUGUUCCAGUGUGAGGUGCCGACGCCGGACAUGGAGUCUGCCUGGUACAAGGAGGAGACGCGGCUAUGGGCCAGCGCCAAGUACCUCAUCGAGGAGGCGGGCGCGGAGCGCCGGCUGACGGUGCUCAACGUGUCCUCUGACGACGACGCCGUGUACAUAUGCGAGACCGCAGAGGGCAGCCGCACGGUGGCCGAGCUGGCCGUGCAAGGCAACCUCCUUCGGAAGCUCCCGAGGAAGACAGCAGUGCGAGUGGGGGACACGGCCAUGUUCUGUGUGGAGCUGGCCAAGCCAGAGGGCCCCGUUCAGUGGCUGUGGAACCAGAAGGUGGUGGUGGCUGGGGGCCGGGUGGCCGUCACUGCUGAGGGCACGCACCACACGCUGACCAUCUCCCGGUGCAGCCUGGAGGAUGUGGGUGAGGUGGCCUUUGUGGCUGGGGACUGCCGGACGACUACCCAGUUUUGCGUGUCAGCCCCCAGGAGGCCACCCCUGCAUGCUCCUAAAGCCCCCGUGGUGAAGGCCCGGACAGAGAGCUCUGUGACUCUUGCCUGGUCCCCACCACCCCCCGGGGACCGCCCUGCUGCCAUCGAGGGCUACCUGGUGGAGAAGAAGAGACUGGGCGCCUACACCUGGAGCCGGUGCCAUGAAGAUGAGUGGGUGACCACGCCUGAGCUGACUGUGGCUGGCGUGGCCGAAGAGGGGGAAUUCCAGUUCAGGGUGUCAGCGGUGAACAGCUUUGGCCAGAGCCCCUACCUCGAGUUCCCAGGAACUGUACACCUGGCUCCCCAGCUGGCUGUGAAAACGCCUCUGAAGGCAGUGCAGGCAGUGGAAGGCGGCGAGGUGACCUUCUCCGUGGACCUCACCACGGCCUCAUCAGGGGAGUGGUUCCUGGACGGGCGGGUCCUCAAGGCCAGCAGCGUGUAUGUGAUACACCGGGAUGGCACCCGCCACACUCUCACCAUCCGCUCGGUGCCUGUCAGCCUGCACGGGGCGGAGCUCAAGUUCGUAGCUGACGGCAUCGAGAGCAGCAUCCGCAUGGAGGUCCGAGCGGCCCUGGAGCUGACGGCCAAGCGUCCGGCACCCGCGGCGGCGGCUCGGGAGGUGCUGGCCCGGCUGCACGAGGAGGCCCAGCUCCUGGCCGAGCUUUCGGACCAGGCGGCAGCCGUGACGUGGCUCAAGGACGGACACACGCUGUCUCCCGGCCCCAAGUAUGAGGUGCAGGCCUCAGCCGGGCAGCGAGCACUGCUCGUGCGGGACGUGAAGCGGGAAGACGCAGGCCUGUACGAGUGUGUCAGCCGCGGGGCCCGCAUUGCCUACCAGCUGUUGGUGCAAGAGUCCUCUGCAGUGUUUAUCAAGGGGCACCCAAUGCGUAAGGAGGUAAAGGCCGUGGCAGGAACCAGCGCCACGCUGAGCUGCGAGGUGGCCCAGGCCCAGACGGAAGUGACGUGGUACAAGGAUGGGAAGAAGCUGAGUCCGAGCUCGAAAGUGCAUGUGGAGGCCACGGGCUGCACCCGGCAGCUGGUGGUGCAGCAGGCGGGCAAGGCGGAUGCCGGGGAGUACAGCUGUGAGGCCGGGGGCCAGAAGGUCUCCUUCCACCUGGACGUCACAGAGCCCUCGGUGGUGUUUGCCAAGGAGCAGCCGGCACGCAGUGAGGUGCAGGCCGUGGCGGGAAGCAGCGCCACGCUGAGCUGCGAGGUGGCCCAGGCCCAGACGGAGGUGACGUGGUACAAGGACGGCAAGAAGCUGAGUCCGAGCUCGAAAGUGUGUGUGGAGGCCACGGGCCGUGGGCGGCGGCUGGUGGUGCAGCAGGCGGGCCAGGCAGACGCCGGGGAGUACAUCUGCGAGGCCGGGGGCCAGAAGGUCUCCUUCCACCUGGACGUCACAGAGCCCUCGGUGGUGUUUGCCAAGGAGCAGCCGGCACGCAGCCACGUGCAGGCCGUGGCGGGAAGCAGCGCCAUGCUGAGCUGCGAGGUGGCCCAGGCCCAGACGGAGGUGACGUGGUACAAGGACGGCAAGAAGCUGAGUCCAAGCUCGAAAGUGCGUGUGGAGGCCACGGGCCGCGGGCGGCGGCUGGUGGUGCAGCAGGCGGGCAAGGCGGACGCCGGGGAGUACAGCUGCGAGGCCGGGGGCCAGAAGGUCUCCUUCCACCUGGACGUCACAGAGCCCUCGGUGGUGUUUGCCAAGGAGCAGCCGGCACGCAGUGAGGUGCAGGCCGUGGCGGGAAGCAGCGCCAUGCUGAGCUGCGAGGUGGCCCAGGCCCAGACGGAGGUGACGUGGUACAAGGACGGCAAGAAGCUGAGUCCGAGCUCGAAAGUGCGUGUGGAGGCCACGGGCCGUGGGCGGCGGCUGGUGGUGCAGCAGGCGGGCAAGGCGGACGCCGGGGAGUACAGCUGCGAGGCCGGGGGCCAGAAGGUCUCCUUCCACCUGGACGUCACAGAGCCCUCCGUGGUGUUUGCCAAGGAGCAGCCGGCACGCAGUGAGGUGCAGGCCGUGGCGGGAACCAGCGCCACGCUGAGCUGCGAGGUGGCCCAGGCCCAGACGGAGGUGACGUGGUACAAGGACGGCAAGAAGCUGAGUCCGAGCUCGAAAGUGCGUGUGGAGGCCACGGGCCGCGGGCGGCGGCUGGUGGUGCAGCAGGCGGGCAAGGCGGACGCCGGGGAGUACAGCUGCGAGGCCGGGGGCCAGAAGGUCGCCUUCCACCUGGACGUCACAGAGCCCUCGGUGGUGUUUGCCAAGGAGCAGCCGGCACGCAGUGAGGUGCAGGCCGUGGCGGGAACCAGCGCCACGCUGAGCUGCGAGGUGGCCCAGGCCCAGACGGAGGUGACGUGGUACAAGGACGGCAAGAAGCUGAGUCCGAGCUCGAAAGUGCGUGUGGAGGCCACGGGCCGUGGGCGGCGGCUGGUGGUGCAGCAGGCGGGCAAGGCGGACGCCGGGGAGUACAGCUGCGAGGCCGGGGGCCAGAAGGUCUCCUUCCACCUGGACGUCACAGAGCCCUCGGUGGUGUUUGCCAAGGAGCAGCCGGCACGCAGUGAGGUGCAGGCCGUGGCAGGAACCAGUGCCACGCUGAGCUGCGAGGUGGCCCAGGCCCAGACGGAGGUGACGUGGUACAAGGACGGCAAGAAGCUGAGUUCAAGCUCGAAAGUGCAUGUGGAGGCCAAGGGCUGCACCCGGAAGCUGGUGGUGCAGCAGGCGGGCAAGGCGGACGCCGGGGAGUACAGCUGUGAGGCCGGGGGCCAGAAGGUCUCCUUCCACCUGGACAUCACAGAGCCCUCCGUGGUGUUUGCCAAGGAGCAGCCGGCAUGCAGUGAGGUGCAGGCCGUGGCGGGAAGCAGCGCCACGCUGAGCUGCGAGGUGGCCCAGGCCCAGACGGAGGUGACGUGGUACAAGGACGGCAAGAAGCUGAGUCCGAGCUCGAAAGUGCGUGUGGAGGCCACGGGCCGCGGGCGGCGGCUGGUGGUGCAGCAGGCAGGCAAGGCGGAUGCCGGGGAGUACAGCUGCGAGGCCGGGGGCCAGAAGGUCUCCUUCCACCUGGACGUCACAGAGCCCUCGGUGGUGUUUGCCAAGGAGCAGCUGGCACGCAGCGACGUGCAGGCCGUGGCGGGAAGCAGCGCCACGCUGAGCUGCGAGGUGGCCCAGGCCCAGACGGAGGUGACGUGGUACAAGGACGGCAAGAAGCUGAGUCCGAGCUCGAAAGUGCGUGUGGAGGCCACGGGCCGCGGGCGGCGGCUGGUGGUGCAGCAGGCGGGCAAGGCGGACGCCGGGGAGUACAGCUGCGAGGCCGGGGGCCAGAAGGUCUCCUUCCACCUGGACGUCACAGAGCCCUCGGUGGUGUUUGCCAAGGAGCAGCCGGCACGCAGCGACGUGCAGGCCGUGGCGGGAAGCAGCGCCACGCUGAGCUGCGAGGUGGCCCAGGCCCAGACGGAGGUGACGUGGUACAAGGACGGCAAGAAGCUGAGUCCGAGCUCGAAAGUGCGUGUGGAGGCCACGGGCCGUGGGCGGCGGCUGGUGCUGCAGCAGGCGGGCAAGGCGGACGCCGGGGAGUACAGCUGCGAGGCCGGGGGCCAGAAGGUCUCCUUCCACCUGGACGUCACAGAGCCCUCGGUGGUGUUUGCCAAGGAGCAGCCGGCACGCAGUGAGGUGCAGGCCGUGGCGGGAAGCAGCGCCACGCUGAGCUGCGAGGUGGCCCAGGCCCAGACGGAGGUGACGUGGUACAAGGACGGCAAGAAGCUGAGUCCGAGCUCGAAAGUGCGUGUGGAGGCCACGGGCCGUGGGCGGCGGCUGGUGCUGCAGCAGGCGGGCAAGGCGGACGCCGGGGAGUACAGCUGCGAGGCCGGGGGCCAGAAGGUCUCCUUCCACCUGGACGUCACAGAGCCCUCGGUGGUGUUUGCCAAGGAGCAGCCGGCACGCAGUGAAGUGCAGGCCGUGGCGGGAAGCAGCGCCACGCUGAGCUGCGAGGUGGCCCAGGCCCAGACGGAGGUGACGUGGUACAAGGACGGCAAGAAGCUGAGUCCGAGCUCGAAAGUGCGUGUGGAGGCCACGGGCCGUGGGCGGCGGCUGGUGGUGCAGCAGGCGGGCAAGGCGGAUGCCGGGGAGUACAGCUGCGAGGCCGGGGGCCAGAAGGUCUCCUUCCACCUGGACGUCACAGAGCCCUCGGUGGUGUUUGCCAAGGAGCAGCCGGCACGCAGUGACGUGCAGGCCGUGGCGGGAAGCAGCGCCACAUUGAGCUGCGAGGUGGCCCAGGCCCAGACGGAGGUGACGUGGUACAAGGACGGCAAGAAGCUGAGUCCGAGCUCAGAAGUGCAUGUGGAGGCCACGGGCCGCGGGCGGCGGCUGGUGGUGCAGCAGGCGGGCAAGGCGGACGCCGGGGAGUACAGCUGCGAGGCCGGGGGCCAGAAGGUCUCCUUCCACCUGGACGUCACAGAGCCUAUGGUGGCGUUUGCGAAGGAGCAGGCAGUGCGCAGUGAAGUGCAGGCCGUGGCGGGAAGCAGCGCCACGCUGAGCUGCGAGGUGGCCCAGGCCCAGACGGAGGUGACGUGGUACAAGGACGGCAAGAAGCUGAGUCCGAGCUCGAAAGUGCGUGUGGAGGCCACGGGCCGCGGGCGGCGGCUGGUGGUGCAGCAGGCGGGCAAGGCGGACGCCGGGGAGUACAGCUGCGAGGCCGGGGGCCAGAAGGUCUCCUUCCACCUGGACGUCACAGAGCCUGUGGUGGCGUUUGCCAAGGAGCAGUCAGUGCACACAGAGGUGCAGGCCAAGGCAGGAGCCCGCACCACGCUGAGCUGCGAGGUGGCCCAGGCCCAGACGGAGGUGACGUGGUACAAGGACGGCAAGAAGCUGAGUUCAAGCUCAAAAGUGCAUGUGGAGGCCACGGGCUGCACCCGGCAGCUGGUGGUGCAGCAGGCGGGCAAGGCGGAUGCCGGGGAGUACAGCUGCGAGGCCGGGGGCCAGAAGGUCUCCUUCCACCUGGACGUCACGGAGCCAGAGUUUGAGCCCCCGGCCCCAGAGAAACCCAGACGCAGGGAACUGCUGGUGGUCAGGGAACACGAGGACAUCGUCCUGACAGCCACUCUGGCCGCGCCCUCCGUGGCCACGGUGACCUGGUUCAAAGAUGGUGUGGAGAUUCGCCGCAGCAAGCGGCAUGAGAUGGCCAGCCUGGGGGACACCCACACCCUGACCAUGCGUGGGGCGCAGACCCUGGACAGUGCUGUCUACAGCUGCCGCGUGGGCGCAGAGGGGCAGGACUUCCCGGUGCAGGUGGAAGAGGUGGCUGCCAAGUUUUGCCGCCCCCUGGAGCCUGUGAGCGGGGAUCUGGGCGGCACGGCGACGCUCGUCUGUGAGCUGAGCCCCGAGCAGGCGGAGGUGGUGUGGCGCCGCGGAAGCACGCAACUCCGGGCCGGCAAACGCUUCCAGAUGGCGGCUGUGGGGCCGCGGCGCUCACUCACGGUGUCGGGCCUGCGGGCAGAGGAUGCAGGGGAGUACGUGUGUGAGAGCCGCGACGACCACACCAGCGCCACGCUCACCGUUAUCGUACCCCGCGUGGUCAAGUUCACGUCUGGGCUGAGCGCUGUGGUUGCGGAGGAGGGGGGCGAGGCCACUUUCCAGUGCGUGGUGACCCCCAGCGACGUGGCGGUCACAUGGUUCCGAGAUGGUGUCCAACUACAGUCCGGCGAGAAGUUUCUCAUAUCGCAGAAGGGUGCCAACCACAGCCUGACCAUCUUAAGCCUGGCCCUGGAGGAUGCCGGCCAAGUCACUGCGGAGGCUGAGGGCAUCAAGUCCACGGCCGCCCUCCGGGUCCGAGAGGCUCCGGUGUUGUUCAAAAAGAAGCUGGAGCCACAGACCGUGGAGGAGCGGAGCUCGGUGACCAUGGAGGUGGAGCUGACGAGGCCGUGGCCGGAGGUCAAGUGGACACGCAAUGCUGUAGCACUCGCGUCGGGCGAGAAAGUGGAGAUCCACGCCGAGGGCGCAAGUCACCGUCUGGUCCUCCACGGCGUGGGUUUUGCUGACCGUGGCUUCUACGGCUGCGAGACACCAGACGAUAAGACACAGGCCAAGCUGACUGUGGAAAUGCGCCAGGUCCAGCUCGUGCGGGGCCUGCAGGCCGUGGAGGCGCAGGAGCAGGGCACAGCCACCAUGGAAGUAGAGCUGUCCCACGCGGACGUGGAGGGCAGCUGGACUCGAAACGGUCUUCGGCUGCAGCCGGGACCCAACUGCCAGCUGGCGGUGCACGGCCCCACACACACCCUCACGCUGUCACGGCUGCAGCGGCAGGACGGUGGCUUGGUGGCCUUCAGGGCGGAGGGCGUGCACACCUCUGCUCAUCUGGUGGUCACUGAGCUGCCCGUGAAGUUCGUCCGCCCUCUGCAGGACGUGGUGGCCACAGAGAAGGAGAAGGUGGCCCUGGACUGUGAGCUCUCACGCCCCAACGUGGAUGUGCGCUGGUUGAAGGACAGUGUGGAGCUGCGGGCAAGCAAGACCAUGGGCAUGGUGGCCCAGGGGGCCUGCAGGAGUCUCGUCAUUUACCGAUGUGAGCUUGGAGACCAGGGCGUGUACGUGUGCGAUGCCCAUGAUGCUCAGAGCUCGGCCUCCCUGAAGGUGCAAGGCCGGAACGUCCAGAUCGUGAGGCCUCUGGAGGAUGUGGAAGUGGUGGAGAAAGAGGGCGCCACCUUCUCCUGUGAGGUCUCCCACGAUGAGGUGCCUGCGCAGUGGUUCUGGGAGGACAGUAAGCUCCGGCCCAGUGACAACGUGAGGAUCCGCCAGGAAGGAAGGACAUACAUUCUCAUCUAUCGGAGGGUCCUGGUGGAAGAUGCAGGGGAAAUCAAGUUUGUAGCGGGAAAUGCAGAAUCGCGAGCCCAGCUCCGAGUCAAAGAGUUGCCCGUGUCCAUCCUUCGCCCACUGCGGGAUAAGAUUGCGAUGGAGAAGCACCGCGGCGUGCUUGAAUGCCAGAUGUCCAGGGCCAGUGCCCAGGUGCGGUGGUUCAAGGGCGGCGUGGAGCUGCAUCCCGGGGCCAAGUACGAGAUGGUCAGCGACGGCCUCUACCGCAAGCUGGUCAUCAACACCGUCCAGCCCGAGGACGAGGACACCUACACGUGCGAUGCCGGCGACGUGAAGACCAGUGCACACUUCUUCGUAGAAGAGCAGUCCAUUGUGAUCGUGCGGGGCCUGCAGGAUGUGACGGUGAUGGAGCCGGCGCCUGCCUGGUUCGAGUGUGAAACCUCCAUCCCCUCGGUGCGGCCCCCCAAGUGGCUGCUGGGAAAGACGGUGCUGCAGGCGGGGGCUGACGUGGGGAUAGAGCAGGAGGGCACGGUGCACCGGCUGACUCUGCGGCGCACCUACUCCACCAUGACGGGACCGGUGUACUUCACCAUCGGCAAGUCACGCUCCACCGCCUCCUUGGUGGUCUCCGACAUUCCCGUGGUGCUCACACGGCCCCUGGAGCCCAAGGUGGGGCGGGAGAUGCAGUCCGUCAUCCUGUCCUGUGACUUCAAGCCUCCCCCCAAGGCUGUGCAGUGGUACAAGGAGGAGACACCCCUGGCACCGUCCAGCAAGUUCAAGAUGAGGCUGGAGGGCCACAUGGCAGAGCUGCGUGUCCUGCGGCUCACCCCUGAGGACGCCGGUGUCUACCGGUGCCAGGCUGGCAGUGCCCAGAGCAGCGCGGAGGUCACUGUGGAAGAACGGAAGGUGACGGUGACACAGCCGCUGGAGGACGUGGAGGUGCUGGAGGAGGGCCGUGCCUGCUUCUCCUGCGAGCUGUCCCACGAGGAUGAAGAAGUGGACUGGUUGCUCAAUGGGACGCCACUGUAUAACGACAGCUUCCACGAGAUCACCCACGAGGGCCGCCGCCACACGCUGGUGCUGAAGCGGGUCCGGCAGGCUGACAGGGGCACCGUGAGCAUCUCCUCCCCCAAGGUUGCAGCCUCCGCCCACCUGGCGGUCAGAGGGAAGCCGGUGGUGUUCCUGAAGGCAUUGGACGAUGUGUCUGCAGAGGAGCGGGGCACACUGACCUUGCAGUGUGAGGUGUCUGAUCAGCACGCCCACGUGGUGUGGCGUAAGGACGGCGUGGAGUUGGGCCCCAGUGACAAGUAUGACUUCCUGCACACGGCGGGCACGCGAGGCCUCGUGGUGCACGGCCUGACUCGGGAUGAUGCCGGCCUAUACACCUGCGACGUGGGCACUGAUGAGACCCGUGCUCGUGUCAGCGUGCAUGAGCUGCACGUGGGCAUCACCAAGAGGCUGAAGACGGUGGAGGUGCUGGAGGGCGAGAGCUGCAGCUUCGAGUGCAUCCUGUCCCAUGAGGACACUGGCGGUGUGGCUGAGUGGACAGUGAGCGGGAGAACAGUGGGCAGCUCUGGCCGCUUCUGUGCCACGCGCCAGGGCCGCAAGUACACUCUAGCUGUCCGAGAUGCCGUGCCAAGUGACGCUGGGGAGGUGGUCUUCUCUGUGCGGGGCCUCACCUCCAAGGCCUCACUCAUCGUCAAAGAGAGGUCAGUUGACAUUAUGAAGCCACUGGAAGACCAGCAGGCCACGCUGGGUGAGGAUGUGGUGCUGAGGUGUGAGCUGUCACGGGAAGGGACCCCAGUGCACUGGCUGAAGGAUGGGAAGGCCAUCCGCAAGAGUCAGAAGUACGACCUGCUCACCGAAGGCACUCGGGCCUCGCUGGUCAUCCAUGCAGUCUCACUCAAAGACUCAGGCAAAUACACAUGUGAGACGGAGUCUUCCAAAAGCACAGCCAGUCUCCAAGUGAAAGAAAAGGCAAACCGGUUCACGGAGCCGUUGGCUGACCUGCAUGUGGAGGAGAAGGGCACAGCCACAUUCACCUGCAAGACAGAGCACCCUGCUGGCUCGGUGACCUGGCGCAAGGGCCUCACGGAGCUGCGGGCCUCGGGGAAGCACGCGCCCAGCCAGGAGGGCCUGACCUUGCGGCUCACCAUCAGCGCCCUGGAGAAGGCAGACAGUGACACCUACACCUGCGACAUUGGCCAGGCCCAGUCCCAGGCUCGGCUGCUGGUGAAAGGCCAGAAAGUGCUCAUCACAGAGGACCUGGAGGAUGUGGAGGUGCAGGAGGGCUCCUCGGCCACCUUCUGCUGCCGCAUCUCCCCUGCCGACUACAGGCCUGUCCACUGGUUCUUGGACAAGACACCCCUGUCUGCCAAUGAACUCAAUGAGAUCGAGGCCCAGCCCGGUGGCUACCACGUGCUCACCCUGCGGCAGCUGGCGCUCAAGGACUCGGGCACGGUCCAUUUUGAGGCAGGCGACCAGCGAACCUCAGCUGCCUUGCAGGUCACAGAGAAGCCAAGUGCUUUCUCCCAGGGGCUCACGGAUGCCACAGUCACAGAGGGGGAGGAUCUCACCCUGGUCUGCGAGACUUCUGCCUCAGACAGCCCUGUGUGCUGGACCAAGGAUGGGAAGCCUCUGCGGCCAUCGGCCCGGUGCCAGCUGACCUAUGAGGGCCGCCGGGCCCAGCUGGUCAUCACUGAGACCACCCUGCAGGACAGCGGGCGCUACAAGUGUGAGACUGCGGGCGCCUGGAGCAGUUCCAUUGUCAGGGUCCAUGCUCGGCCAGUGCAGUUCCGAGAGGGUCUGAAGGAUGUGGAGGUGCUGGAGGGGGGUGCUGCCACCCUGCGCUGCGUGCUGUCAUCCGUGGUCAGGCCUGUGGAGUGGCGGCGUGGGGAUGAGCUUCUGCAGCCUGGAGGCAAGUACAGCUUGCGACAGGACGGGACCGUGCUGGAGCUGGUGGUCCGAGACCUGCGGCCUCAGGACAGCGGGCAGUACUUCUGCAGUUUUGGGGACCAGAUGACAUCGGCCAGGCUCACCGUAAAGGCUCUGCCUGCUGAGUUCAUAGGAAGACUGAGAAGCAAGGAGGUCGUGGAAGGGACCACGGCCACAUUCCGCUGUGAGCUCAGCAAGGAAGCUCCCGUGGAGUGGAGGAAGGGGCCCGAGACCCUCAGAGCCGGGGACAGAGUGAGCCUGAGGCAGGACGGGGCCGUGUGUGAGCUGGAGAUGCAUGACCUGACCGUGGAGGAUGCUGGAGAAUAUUCAUGUGUGUGCGGGCAGGAGAAGACCUCAGCCACGCUCACCGUAAGGGCUUUGCCUGCUGAGUUCACAAGAAGACUGAGAGGCAAGGAGGCCACAGAAGGGGCCACAGUCACCCUGCACUGUGAGCUGAGCAAGGCGGCCCCCGUGGAGUGGAGGAAGGGGUCUGAGACCCUCAGAGCCGGGGACCGAGUGAGCCUGAAGCAGGAGGGAGCUGUGUGUGAGCUGGAGAUCCAUGACCUUGUGGUGGAGGAUGCUGGGGAGUAUUUGUGUGUGUGUGGGCAGGAGAAAACCUCAGCCACCCUCACCAUCAGGGCCCUGCCUGCCAAGUUCACAAAAGGUCUGAAGAAGGAAGAGACCACAGAAGGGGCCACAGCCAAGCUGUGCUGUGAGCUGAGCAAGGCAGCCCCUGUGGAGUGGAGGAAGGGGCCCAAUAGCCUCAGAGCUGGAAACAGAGUGAGCCUGAGGCAGGAGGGAGCCGUGUGUGAGCUGGAGAUCCGUGAGCUGACCGUGGAGGAUGCUGGGGAGUACUUGUGCAUGUGCGGGCAGGAGAAAACCUCAGCCACGCUCACCGUCAGGGCCCUGCCUGCCAAGUUCACAAAGGGUCUGAGGAAGGAGGAGGCUGUGGAAGGGGCCACAGCCAAGCUGCACUGUGAGCUGAGCAAGGCGGCCCCCGUGGAGUGGAGGAAGGGGCCCAAGACCCUCAGAGCCGGGGACAGAGUGAGCCUGAGGCAGGAGGGAGCCGUGUGUGAGCUGGAGAUCUGUGACCUGAUCGUGGAGGAUGCUGGAGAAUACUCAUGUGUGUGUGGGCAGGAGAAGACCUCAGCCACGCUCACCGUCAGGGCCUUGCCUGCCAAGUUCAUAAAGGGUCUGAGGAAGGAAGAGGCCACAGAAGGGGCCACAGCCAAGCUGCACUGUGAGCUGAGCAAGGCGGGCCCUGUGGAGUGGAGGAAGGGGCCCGAGACCCUCAGAACUGGAGACAGACUGCGGGUGAAGCAGGAGGGAGCCGUGUGUGAGCUGGAGAUCCGUGAGCUGACCGUGGAGGAUGCUGGGGAGUACUCGUGCGUGUGCGGGCAGGAGAAAACCUCAGCCACACUCACCGUCAGGGCCCUGCCCACCAAGUUCACAAAGGGCCUGAAGAAGGAGGAGGCCACAGAAGGGACCACGGGCACACUGCGCUGUGAGCUGAGCAAGGCGGCCCCCGUGGAGUGGAGGAAGGGGCCUGAGACGCUCAGAGCCGGGAACAGAGUGAGCCUGAAGCAGGAGGGAGCCGUGUGUGAGCUGGAGAUCCGUGGCCUGACCGUGGAGGACACAGGGGAGUACUCCUGCGUGUGUGGGCAGGAGAAGACCUCAGCCACGCUCACCGUCAAGGCCCUGCCUGCCAAGUUCGUAAAGGGUCUGAGGAAGGAAGAGGCCCCGGAAGGGACCACAGCCAAGCUGCACUGUGAGCUGAGCAAGGCGGUCCCUGUGGAGUGGAAAAAGGGGUCUGAGAUCCUCAGAGCCAGGGACAGAGUGAGCCUGAGGCAGGAGGGAGCCGUGUGUGAGCUGGAGAUCCGUGACCUGACCGUGGAGGAUGCUGGGGAGUACUCGUGCGUGUGCGGGCAGGAGAAAACCUCAGCCACGCUCACCGUUAGGGCCCUGCCUGCCAAGUUCACAAAGGGUCUGAGGAAGGAGGAGGCUGUGGAAGGGGCCACAGCCAAGCUGCACUGUGAGCUGAGCAAGGCGGCCCCCGUGGAGUGGAGGAAGGGGCCCAAGACCCUCAGAGCCGGGGACAGAGUGAGCCUGAGGCAGGAGGGAGCCGUGUGUGAGCUGGAGAUCUGUGACCUGAUCGUGGAGGAUGCUGGAGAAUACUCAUGUGUGUGUGGGCAGGAGAAGACCUCAGCCACGCUCACCGUCAGGGCCUUGCCUGCCAAGUUCAUAAAGGGUCUGAGGAAGGAAGAGGCCACAGAAGGGGCCACAGCCAAGCUGCACUGUGAGCUGAGCAAGGCGGGCCCUGUGGAGUGGAGGAAGGGGCCCGAGACCCUCAGAACUGGAGACAGACUGCGGGUGAAGCAGGAGGGAGCCGUGUGUGAGCUGGAGAUCCGUGAGCUGACCGUGGAGGAUGCUGGGGAGUACUCGUGCGUGUGCGGGCAGGAGAAAACCUCAGCCACGCUCACCGUUAGGGCCCUGCCUGCCAAGUUCACAAAGGGUCUGAGGAAGGAGGAGGCCAUGGAAGGGGCCACAGCCAAGCUGCACUGUGAGCUGAGCAAGGCGGCCCCCGUGGAGUGGAGGAAGGGGCCCGAGACCCUCAGAACUGGAGACAGACUGCGAGUGAAGCAGGAGGGAGCCGUGUGUGAGCUGGAGUUCCGUGACCUGACCGUGGAGGAUGCUGGGGAGUACUUGUGCAUGUGCGGGCAGGAGAAAACCUCAGCCACACUCACCGUCAGGGCCCUGCCUGCCAAGUUCACAAAGGGUCUGAGAAAGGAGGAGGCCAUGGAAGGGGCCACAGUCAAGCUGCACUGUGAGCUGAGCAAGGCGGCCCCCGUGGAGUGGAGGAAGGGGCCCGAGACCCUCAGAACUGGAGACAGACUGUGGGUGAAGCAGGAGGGAGCCGUGUGUGAGCUGGAGAUCCGUGAGCUGACCGUGGAGGAUGCUGGGGAGUACUUGUGCAUGUGCGGGCAGGAGAAGACCUCAGCCACACUCACCGUCAGGGCCCUGCCUGCCAAGUUCACAAAGGGUCUGAGGAAGGAGGAGACCAUGGAAGGGGCCACAGCCAAGCUGCACUGUGAGCUGAGCAAGGCGGCCCCCGUGGAGUGGAGGAAGGGUCCUGAGACCCUCAGAGCCGGGGACAGAGUGAGCCUGAGGCAGGAGGGAGCCAUGUAUGAGCUGGAGAUCCGUGACCUAACCAUGGAGGAUGCUGGGGAGUACUCGUGCGUGUGCGGGCAGGAGAAAACCUCAGCCACGCUCACCGUCAGGGCCAUGCCUGCUCGGUUCAUCAAAGAACUGAAGACCAAGGAGGCCGCAGAAGGGGCCACAGCCACACUGCGCUGUGAGCUGAGCAAGGUGGCCCCUGUGGAGUGGAGGAAGGGGCCGGAGACCGUCAGAGCCAGAGACAGAGUGAUCCUGAGGCAGGAGGGAGCCGUGUGUGAGCUGGAGAUCCGUGACCUGACCGUGGAGGAUGCUGGAAAGUACUCAUGCGUGUGCGGGCAGGAGACGACCUCAGCCACGCUCACCGUCAGGGCCCUGCCUGCCAAGUUUGCAAAAGGUUUGGGAAAGGAAGAGGCCAUGGAAGGGGCCACAGCCAAGUUGCGCUGUGAGCUGAGCAAGGUGGCCCCCGUGGAGUGGAGGAAGGGGCCCGAGACCCUCAGAGCCGGGGACAGAGUGAGCCUGAGGCAGGAGGGAGCCGUGUGUGAGCUGGAGAUCCGUGAGCUGACCGUGGAGGAUGCUGGAGAAUAUUCAUGUGUGUGUGGGCAGGAGAAGACCUCAGCCACGCUCACCAUCAGGGCCCUGCCUGCCAAGUUCACAAAGGGUCUGAGGAAGGAGGAGGCCAUGGAAGGGGCCACAGCCAAGCUGCACUGUGAGCUGAGCAAGGCGGCCCCCGUGGAGUGGAGGAAGGGGCCCGAGACCCUCAGAACUGGAGACAGACUGCGGGUGAAGCAGGAGGGAGCCGUGUGUGAGCUGGAGAUCCGUGAGCUGACCGUGGAGGAUGCUGGGGAGUACUCGUGCGUGUGCAGGCAGGAGAAAACCUCAGCCACUCUCACUGUCAGGGCCCUGCCUACCAGGUUCAUAAAAGCUCUGAAGAAGGAAGAGGCCAUGGAAGGGGCCACAGCCAAGCUGCGCUGUGAGCUGAGCAAGGCGGCCCCCGUGGAGUGGAGGAAGGGGCCCGAGACCCUCAGAGCUGGGGACAGAGUGAGCCUGAGGCAGGAGGGGGCCGUGUGUGAGCUGGAGAUCCGUGAGCUGACCGUGGAGGAUGCUGGGGAGUACUCGUGCGUGUGCGGGCAGGAGACGACCUCAGCCACGCUCACCGUCAGGGCCCUGCCUGCCAAGUUCACGAAGGGUCUGAGGAAGGAGGAGGCCAUGGAAGGGGCCACAGCCAAGCUGCGCUGUGAGCUGAGCAAGGCAGCCCCCGUGGAGUGGAGGAAGGGGUCCGAGACCCUCAGAGCUGGAAAGAGACUGCGGGUGAAGCAGGAGGGAGCCGUGUGUGAGCUGGAGAUCCGUGACCUGACCGUGGAGGAUGCUGGGGAGUACUCAUGUGUGUGCGGGCAGGAGAAGACCUCAGCCAUGCUUGCCGUCAGGGCUUUACCAGCUGAGUUCAUAGGGAGGCUGAGAAGCAAGGAGGCCACAGAAGGGGCCACAGUCACCCUGCACUGUGAGCUGAGCAAGGCGGCCCCCGUGGAGUGGAGGAAGGGGACUGAGACCCUCCGAGCCGGGGACAGAGUGAGCCUGAGGCAGGACGGAGCCGAGUGUGAGCUGGAGAUCCGUGAGCUGGUUUUGACGGAUGCUGGGGAGUACUCGUGUGUGUGCGGGCAGGAGAGGACCUCGGCCUCGCUGACAGUCACGGCCCCACAGGUGGUGUUCCGGAAGCCGCUGCAGAGCCUGCAGGCUGAGGAGGGUGCCUCGGCCAGCCUGCAGUGUGAGCUCUCCGAGCCCGGGGCCGCCGUCGUCUGGAGCAAGGGUGGCCUGGAGGUGCAGGCUGAUGAGCGCCGGGAGCUGCGGCAGCAGGGCCGCGUGGCGGAGCUGGUGCUGAGGGGCUUGCGCCGGGAGGACACGGGCGAGUACACCUGCAGCUGCGGCUCCCAGGCCACCAGCGCCACCCUGUCCGUCACAGCUGCGCCCGUGAGGUUCCUGCGAGAGCUGCAGGCCCAGGAGGUAGACGAGGGCGCGACGGCACGCCUGCGCUGCGAGCUGAGCCGGGCGGGCAGCAGCGUGGAGUGGCGCAAGGGCUCCCUGCAGCUCUUCCCAUGUGCCAAGUACCAGAUGGUGCUGGAGGGCACAGCCGCUGAGCUGCUGCUGCACGGCGCCGAGCCGGAGGAUGCUGGCCUCUACACCUGUGACACAGGCCACGCGCAGAGCACCGCCUACCUCUCUGUGCGGGCCCCCAGGCCCGUGUUUAAGACGGAGCUGCAGAGUGCGGAGCAGGAGGCGGGCGGCGUGGCCCGGCUGUGCUGCCAGCUGAGUGAUGCGGAGGCUGGGGCCCCUGUGCUGUGGCUCAAGGAGGGGGUGGAGCUGCAUGUGAGCCCCAAGUAUGAGAUGCGGCGCCAGGGGGCCACGUGUGAGCUGCUGAUCCAUGGGCUUGAGGCCAAGGACGUGGGCGAGUACAGCUGCGUGGCGGGCAGCCAGAAAACCUUGGCCUUCCUCAAAGUCAAAGAGCCCGAGGUGACCAUCGUGCGGGGCCUGGCUGACACCGAGGUGCAGGCUGAUGGAGAAGCAGAGUUCAGCUGCGAGGUGUCACGGGCUGGCGUGGAUGUGGAGUGGCGCCUCCAGGGCCUGCCGCUGCAGAGCAACGAGGUGACCGAGGUCGCGGUCCAGGGUGGCCGCACCCACACACUGCGGCUGAAGAGCGUGACCCCGGAGGACGCUGGCACUGUCUCCUUCCACGCGGGCGGCCACACGUCCUCUGCCCAACUCACCGUCCGAGUUCCUGAGGUGACCAUCCUGGAGCCCCUGCAGGACGCUGAGCUCAGCGAGGGCCAGGACGCUCACUUCCGGUGCCGCCUGUCGAGGGCUUUGGGCCAGGAGGCCCACUGGGCCCUGGGAGGGGUGCCCCUGCAGGCCAACGAGAUGAACGACAUCACGGUGGAGCACGGCACACUCCACUCGCUCACCCUGCACAAGGUGACCCUUGAGGAUGCUGGAACCAUCAGUUUCCAAGUGGGCUCGUGUCGCUCGGAGGCCCAGCUGAAGGUCACAGAGGCAGCGCCGUGCCUGGUACGUGGCUUACAGAAUGUGGACGUCUUUGCGGGGGAGGUGGCCACGUUCUCCUGCGAGGUGUCCCGUGUGGGUGGGCCGGAGGCCCACUGGUGGCUGGAUGGGACCCUGCUGCAGGACGGCCCCCAGAGUGCCAUCUCCGUGCGUGAUGGGACUGUCCACUCCCUCACGCUCUCAGGCCUGGGGGUGGCUGACUCAGGCACCGUCACCUACCGAGCAGGGCCCCUGGUCUCCAGGGCCAAGUUGUUGGUCAAAGAUCCCACAGUGGAAGUGGUCAGUGCCAUGCGGGACUUGGCAGUGCAGGAGGGCGGCCCGGCCGAGCUCCUCUGCCAGUACUCACGGCCCGUGCAGGCCACGUGGAAGAUGGACGAGCAGGAGGUGUGUGCGGACGGGCACCGCGUCGUCAUAGAGCAGGACUGGACCGUGGCCCGGCUGUCCUUCAGGCCGGCCUUGCCCUGUGACAGCGGCAUCUAUUCUUGCGAGGCCGCGGGCACCCGUGUGGUGGCCCUGCUGCAAGUGCAAGCCAAGAACACGGUGGUGAGGGGCCUGGAGAACGUGGAGGCGCCCGAGGGCGGCGAGGCGCUCUUCGAGUGCGUCCUGUCCCAGCCGGAGGUGGCCGCCCACACCUGGCUCCUGGAUGAUGAGCCCGUGCGCACCUCGGAGAACGCCGAGGUGGUCUACUUCGAGAAUGGCCUGCGGCACCUGCUGCUGCUCAAAAACCUGCGGCCGCAGGACAGCUGCCGCGUGACCUUCCUGGUGGGGGACAUGGUGACGUCUGCCUUCCUCACCGUCAGAGGCUGGCGCCUGGAGGUCUUGGAGGCGCCCCAGGAUGUGACCGUGCGCGCCGGGGGGCAGGCCAGCUUCAGCUGCACCCUUAGCGAGACGGUGCCCGUGGGCGAGGUGACCUGGUACAUAAAUGGAGCCUCCGUGCAGCCCGAUGACACAGACUGGACCGUGACCGCCGACGGCAGCCACCACGCCCUGCUGCUGCGCCGGGCCCAGCCGCACCACGCCGGCGAGGUCACCUUUGCUGCUCGCGACGCUGUUGUCUCCGCGAGGCUCACUGUGCUGGGCCUCCCCGACCCCCCAGAGGACGCAGAGGUGGUGGGGCGCAGCGGCAGCUCCGUGACGCUGUCCUGGGUGGCCCCCGCGAGCGACGGCGGAGGGGGUCUCCGUGGCUACCGGGUGGAGAUGAAGGCGGCAGCCACGGGGGAGUGGCGGCUGUGCCACGACCUGGUGCCCGGGCCCGAGUGUGUGGUGGCCGGCCUGGCCCCCGGGGAGACCUACCGCUUCCGCGUGGCUGCAGUGGGCCCGGCGGGCGCUGGGGAGCCCGUGUACCUGCCCCAGACGGUGAAGCUUGCAGAGCCCCUGGAACCCAGGCCUGCAGCCCCCGCCCCCGAGAGCCAGCAGGUGGUGGCCGGGGAGGACUUGUGUCUGGAGUGCGAAGUGGCCGAGGCGGGUGAGGUCGUCUGGCUGAAGGGAACAGAGCGCAUCCAGCCGAGCGGGCGCGUCCAGGUCCUCUGCCAGGGUCAGCGGCAGAUGCUGUUGAUCCGGGGCUUCUCCGCGGAGGACCAGGGCGAGUACCGCUGUGCCCCUGCACGGGAGUCAGCCUCUGGGUCAGCUGCUGCUUUCCAGGUGGUGCUGACCCCAGAGUCUGGGGAGGAGGCCCCCGCUCAGCCCAGCCUGCCCCCCGAAGCUGCCCAGGAGGGCGACCUGCACCUGCUGUGGGAGGCGCUGGCCCGGAAGCGCCGCAUGAGCCGCGAGCCCACGCUGGACUCCAUCAGCGAGCUGCCCGAGGAGGACGGCCGCCCGCCGGGCCCGCGGCCGGAGGUCGAGGAGGCCGCGCCUGACCUCUCAGAGGAGUACUCCACGGCCGAUGAGCUGGCGCGCACCGGCGAGGCUGACCUCUCUCACACCAGCUCUGACGACGAGUCCCGAGCAGGCACGCCUUCGCUGGUUACCUACCUCAAGAAGGCCGGGAGGCCCAGUGCCUCGCCACUGGCCAGCAAGGUUGGGGCCCCAGCAGCCCCCUCCGGGAAGCCACAGGAGAAGCAGCAGGAGAAGCCACCUGCAGUACACCCACCGCCAGGAGACCUGAGCGCUGGGGACCUGGGCGACCCGACCUUGGACCAGGCUGCCGUGAAGAUCCAGGCGGCCUUCAAGGGUUACAAGGUCCGGAAGGAGAUACAGCAGCAGGAGGCGCCCGUGCUCCGCUGCACAUUUGGGGACACCGUGGCCCAGGUGGGAGACGUCCUGCAUCUGGAGUGUGUCGUGUCCAGCAAGACCGAUGUGCGCGCCCGCUGGCUGAAGGAUGGCGUGGAGCUAACGGACAGCCGGCACCACCACAUCGACCAGCUUGCGGACGGCACCUGUUCUCUGCUGGUCACCAGCCUGGGCCGGGCCGACGCCGGCCGUUACACCUGUCAGGUGAGCAACAAGUUUGGCCACGUGGCCCACAGCGCCAGCGUGGCGGUCAGCGGCACGGAGAGUGAGAACGAGAGCUCCUCCGGGGGCGAGCUGGAUGACACCUUCCGCCGGGCCGCCCGGCGGCUGCACCGCCUCUUCCGCACUAAGGGCCCAGCGGAGGUCUCGGACGAGGAGAUCUUCUUCAGCGCUGACGAGGGCAAGGCAGAGCCUGAGGAGCCCGGGGACUGGCAGACAUACCGGGAAGAUGAGCACUCCAUCUGCAUCUGCUUUGAGACGCUGGCGGAGGCCCGCCGGGCAGCCAGCCGCUUCCAGGAGAUGUUUGGCGUGUUGGGCAUCCGCGUGGACAUCAGCCUGUCUGAGCAGGGACCGCGCAGGGUGGAGAUGCGCAUCGGGAAGGUGGCACCCGCCCCUUCAGCCCCGCUGGAGCCAGCGCUGACGGCAGAGGCUGCCCCGGUGUUCCUGACCGAGCUACAGAAUCAGGAGGUGCUGGAUGGGUACCCUGUGAGCUUUGACUGUGUGGUGACAGGCCAGCCUGUGCCCACCGUGCGCUGGUUCAAGGAUGGGAGGAUGCUGGAGGAGGAUGACCACUAUAUGAUCAGUGAGGACCAACAGGGUGGCCACCAGCUCAUCAUCACGGCUGUGGUGCCAGCAGACAUGGGCGUCUACCGCUGCCUGGCUGAGAACAGCGUGGGUGUGUCCUCUACAAAGGCAGAGCUCCGAGUGGACCUGACCAGCACCGACUAUGAGACUGCUGCGGACGCCACAGAGACCUCAUCCUACUUCAGCGCCCAGGGCUACCUGUCCAGCCGGGAGCAGGAGGGCACAGAGUCCACCUCAGAGGAGGGGCAGCUGCCCCAGGUCGUGGAGGAGUUGAAAGACCUGCAGGUGGCCCCUGGCACGCGGCUGGCCAAGUUCCAGCUCAAGGUGAAAGGCUACCCCACACCCCGACUCUACUGGUUCAAAGACGGGCAGCCCCUGACUGCAUCCGCGCACAUACGUAUGUCGGACAGGAAGAUGCUGCACACCCUGGAGGUUGUCUCGGUCACCGGCGAGGAUGCCGGCCAGUACUCAGCGUACAUCAGCAACGCCGUGGGUGCUGCUUACUCGUCUGCUCGGCUCCUGGUCCGAGGCCCCAAUGAACCAGAAGAGAAGCCAGCAUUAGAUGCACAGCAGCAGCUGGUGCCACCCCGGUUCCUGGAGAAAUUCUCCUCCAAGAAGGUGAAAAAGGGUUCCAGCAUCACUUUCUCCGUGAAGGUGGAAGGAAGCCCACCGCCGGCUGUGCACUGGUUGCGGGAGGAAGCGGAGCAGGGUGUGCUGUGGAUCGGCCGCCACACGCCGGGCUACACGGUGGCCAGCUCUGCCCAGCAGCACAGCCUGGUCCUGCUGGACGUGGGCCGACAGCACCAGGGCACCUACACCUGCAUCGCCUCCAACGCUGCCGGCCAGGCCCUCUGCUCCGCAGGCUUGCACGUCUCUGGCCUGCCUAAGGAGGCGGGGGCCACGGAGGAGCAGCCCGAGGUGAAGGAGGCCCUCAUCUCCACCUUCCUGCAGGGGACCCAAGCUGUUGCUGCACAGAUGUCAGAACCUGCAGCUUUUACGGACCUUUCUGGGCAGAAGAGAGAGCUCCUGGCAGCAGAGGCCCGUGGCCAUCUGUCCUUGGCCGAGGUGGGCACGGAGGAGUUCCUGAAGAAGCUCACUUCGCAGAUCACAGAGAUGGUGUCGGCCAAGAUCACACAGGCGAAGCUGCAGGUGCCUGGAGUUGACAGUGACGAGGAGUCAAAGACGCCGUCCGCGUCCCCCCGGCAUGGCCGUUCACGCCCCUCUUCCAGCGUCCAGGAGUCGUCCUCAGAGUCCGAGGACGGGGACUCCCGGGGAGAGAUCUUUGACAUCUAUGUGGUCACAGCUGACUACCUGCCCCUGGGGGCUGAGCAGGAUGCCAUCUUGCUGCGGGAGGGCCAGUACGUGGAGGUCCUGGACUCUGCCCACCCCCUGCGCUGGCUCGUGCGCACCAAACCCACCAAAAACAGCCCCUCUCGGCAGGGCUGGGUGUCCCCUGCCUACCUGGACAGGCGGCUCAAGCUGUCUCCCGAGUGGGGGCCAGCCGAGGCCCCUGAGUUCCCCGGGGAGGCUUUGUCAGAGGACGAGUACAAGACGAGGCUGAGUGCCAUCAUCCGGGAUCUGCUGAGCUCAGAGCAGUCCUUCGUGGGCGCGCUGCAGUUCCUGCAGAGCCACCACAUGCAGUACCUGGACCGCUGCCCCCACGUGCCCGCAGCCGUGGCCAGCCAGAAGGCGGUCAUCUUCCGAAACGUGCAGGACAUCGGCCACUUCCACAGCAGCUUCUUACAGGAGUUGCGUAGCUGCGACACAGAUGACGACGUGGCCAUGUGCUUCAUCAAGAACCAGGCAGCCUUCGAGAAGUAUCUGGAGUUCCUGGUGGGCCGAGUGCAGGCGGAGUCGGUGAUGGUCAGCACAGCUGUGCAGGAGUUCUACAAGAAAUACACCGAGGAGGUGCUGUCAGCCGCGGACCCCUCGCAGCCACCGCCCCCACCGCUGCAGCACUUCCUGGAGCAGCCGGUAGAGCGGGUCCAGCAGUACCAGGCCCUGCUCAAGGAGCUGAUCCGCAACAAGGCGCGGAACGGCCAGAACUGCGCGCUGCUCGAGCAAGCCUACGCGGUGGUGUCGGCCCUGCCGCAGCGAGCGGAGAACCAGCUGCACGUGUCGCUCAUGGAGAACUACCCCGGCACCCUGGAGGCCCUGGGCGAGCCCAUCCGCCAGGGCCACUUCAUCGUGUGGGAGGGGGCGCCGGGCGCGCGGAUGCCCUGGAAGGGCCACCAUCGGCACGUCUUCCUGUUCCGCCACCACCUGGUGGUCUGCAAGCCCCGGCGGGACUCGCGCACCGACACCUUCAGCUACGUCUUCCGGAACAUGAUGAAGCUGAGCAGCAUCGACCUGAACGACCAGGUGGAGGGCGAUGACCGAGCCUUUGAGAUCUGGCACGAGCGGGAGGAUUCCGUGCGCAAGUACCUGCUGCAGGCACGGACGGUCAUCACCAAGAACUCCUGGGUGAAGGAGAUCUGUGGCAUCCAGCAGCGCCUGUCCUUGCCCAUCUGGCGCCCCCCCGAUUUUGAAGAAGAACUGGCUGACUGCACAGCUGAGCUGGGCGAGACAGUCAAGCUGGCCUGCCGUGUGACAGGCACACCCAAGCCCAUUGUCAGCUGGUACAAAGAUGGGAAGCCAGUGGAGGUGGACCCUCACCACAUCCUCAUUGAAGACCCCGACGGCUCGUGCGCACUCAUCCUGGACAACCUGACUGGUGCUGACUCCGGCCAGUACAUGUGCUUUGCAGCCAGCGCUGCUGGCAAUGCUAGCACGCUGGGCAAAGUCCUGGUGCAAGUCCCGCCUCGGUUUGUGAACAAGGUCCGGGCAGUGCCCUUUGUGGAUGGAGAAGAUGCCCAGAUCACCUGCACCAUCGAAGGUGCCCCAUAUCCUCAGAUCAGGUGGUACAAGGAUGGUGCCCUGCUGACCCCUGGGGGCAAAUACCAGACCCUGAGUGAGCCCCGCAGCGGCCUGCUGGUGCUGGAGAUCCGGGCGGCAGGCACGGAGGACCUGGGCGUCUAUGAGUGUGAGUUGGUGAACCGGCUGGGCUCCAAACGGAGCCGUGCGGAGCUGCUCAUGCAGAGCCCCAUGCUGCAGGCCCGGGAACAGCACCGCGUGGAGCGGCUCGCGGCCGUGGAAGUCACUGAGCAGGAGACUAAGGUCCCCAAGAAAACCGUCAUCAUAGAGGAGACCAUUACCACUGUGGUGAAGAGCCCCCGUGGCCGACGCCAGUCCCCCAGCAAGUCUCCCUCCCGCUACGGUCACCCCGCCAGCCUGCCCAGGCCAGGCCCGCUGGCUCCUGAGCUGCCGCCCUCGCCAGAGGCCAGCAGACCCUCCAGGCCCGAGGCAGAGCCAGGCCGGCGGCCCGCUGUGCCCACUCUGUUCGUGACGGAGCCUGAGACCCACACGGCAGGCCUGCAGGGGGGCACCAGGCCCCAGCCCAAAUGGGUGGAGGUUGAGGAGACCAUUGAAGUCCGGGUGAAGAAGGCUGGCUCAAAGGGUGCGUCUCUGGCCAGAGAGACGCCUGGCAGCUCUGAGGAGCUUCGCUUCACGCUGCCUGGAAGGGUGUCUGGAGGAGACCCAAAUACAAACAACUCCAACAACAAGCUGCUGACCCAGGGGCCCCCGGCCACGGUCACUGCUGGAGAACCCCUAAUCUUCUGCGUGGAAACGGGGCCAGAGAGCCCUGAGCCGUCCCCUCCCUGGGGUGAUGAAGAGGAAGCCCCCCUGGAGGAGGAGAGAGAUGCCUCCCAGGGGGAGGAGCCUCUGGGUACUGAUGGUCUGCAGGGCCGUGACCCCAAGAUCCUCAUGCACCAUGGCCGUGCCCUCACCCUGGCCGACCUGGAGGAUUACGUGCCCCAGGAAGGGGAGACCUUCGGCUGCAGUGGCCCCAGGCCGAGUGCUGCUGAUGACCCGCCCUGCGAAAUCUCGGUGCUGCAGAGAGAGAUCAGCGAGCCCACCGUGGGGCAGCCCGUCCUGCUGAGUGUGGGGCGCCCCCCAGACUCCCGGGCCCCCCCUGGCUGCUUUGGCCGCGUGCCCAGGCCCCGGGAGGCGUUUCCAUCGGGGCCGCAGGGCCGGGGCCCCACGGGCGUCUCCUUCUGCUUUCGGGAGGCCCGGGCUGGAGGCACCGCAACCCAGAAGCCUUCCUUCUGCACUCAGGUUCAGCGCUCUGCGGACAGCGGCCAGAGCAGCUUCAAAACCGAGGUUUCAACCCAGACGGUCAGCUUUGGGACCGUGGGGGAGACUGUCACCCUACACAUUCGCCCAGACCGGGACAUGGACCCCAGCCCCUCCCAGGGCUGAGGCCAAGACCCGCAGGGACGGGGUGGCUGGGGCUGAGAUGAGAGACUCUUGGACCUGGGAUCCCGCUGACAAAGCUGCCCUGCUUGCACAGGGUGGCAGGAAGAGGAAAGCGGCGUUGGGACCUGCCCGGCACCAGCAUCAACUCACCUCACAGCCGCCUUGGGUUUCCAAUCAGGAGAGAGUCCCAAAGCUGGCAUGCCUCAGACACGGGUGCUCUGACCUCCCCUGGCUGUCCACCAACUCAGGACUUCAGCCUGCCCUCCCCUUCCAAACCAGGCGAUUCCUACCUCACAGGACUUGGUUGUCACCUGAGGACGGUGCACGCAUCCGUGAUCUCAGAGGCUCCUUAAGCUGCUCUGAGAGCAUGGACCGGACUGACUUGCAGGCUGCCGCUCUGGGCUCAGGGCUGCAGACACAGGGAAGGCGCUCGGGCAUCCUUCCUGCUCUGUUCACCAGGCAGGGGCCACAUGGGCCCUGCGUGUGCCAGCUUAGGCUGCAGUCCCAGUGUCCAGGCCUGGUCCAGCCCUGGCUCUCACCCAGGCUGUGGGUCCCCUCAAACCCCAUCUAACCUGGAUACCUUUCUUGGCCUCCAGGAGGCCUGUGUGGGGCCCAGCUCUACAGGCCCUCCUGGGCCUUCUCAGCAGGGUGGACCAGGGUCUGUGCAUGGGAAGCAGUCCCAUCAGUCAACCCUGAUGAUGCUAAUAAACCGGUUCCUUGCAUUGCC